AUGACUGAAGAUUUGGAUCAAGAACUUGUUGAAUCGCAGAGAAUCAUGAAAGAAAUUAAAGCAUUAUUUGAUAAUGUCCCGAAACAAAAUGAUAAUAAUCAGGACAACAACAAUGGACAAGCUAAUAACUCUGUUAGGCAUGAAGACAUGUCUAAGUUUCUUGAAGCAAGCGUACCCAAAUUGCUGAUGUCGGACAUGCCCGAAAAUACUGUGGAAGUGGAUCUCGAUGAUGUUAUUGCUUCCAUGAAAAACUAUGCUGAAGACUUGAGAAAAAACAUUUUACCAGCACAGCCACCACCAAGAAACAGUCAGAGGGUGUUUGAAAACUUAGACAUUAAGCAAUAUGCAUCAACUCUUGAUCAACUAGCUAAACGCUUGGCCAAUAUCAAGCUGAUUAAAAAAGAUGAGGUGAAUAAUAGAAAUGCUGAUCUGGAAGAAAAGUUGACACAAUUGUGUCAAGAUGUCAACUUAUUCACUCAGAUGGUUGAAACAAAGACUACUAUUAGUGAAUGUAACAAAAAUUGGCCUGAUAAUCAAGAGGAUAACAAUAUUUUGUACUAUGAAAACAUUAUCAAUAAAUUGCUGGCUGGCAUAAAUGAAGUCACAUAUUUAUUAAAGAAUAAAAAU